CUUUUGCCACGCCCCCUACCUGACUUCCGGAUUGUAAUCUUACCUGAGGAGGUGAAGAGGGCUGCAGUCACCACAAUAAACCGCGGUCAAUCAAAUGUCGCCAUAAAAACAGUAAAGCGAUCAAAAUAGUGUCGGGACUUGUUGUCUUAUACUUUCAGUGACCAGUGAAACUUUUCCCAGCACAAUGGAUGUGAGGAGAGUGGAGAGGACAGUUUUGAGUGUGGAACAGUCAGAGGGAGUUGGUGCUUGUGUCCGCAGGAGCAUCGGUAGAAAGGAGCUGAGAAACCUGGAUCCUUUCCUGAUGUUGGAUGAGUUUAGAGUGAGCAAGCCGGCAGGGUUUCCAGACCAUCCUCACAGAGGUUUUGAGACGGUAACAUAUGUUUUAGAGGGGAUCACAGCCCAUGAAGACUUCUGUGGUCAUUCAGGACUACUGAAACCUGGAGAUCUGCAAUGGAUGACUGCAGGACAGGGGGUGGUCCAUGCUGAGAUGCCCGUGUCAGAGGAGCCGGUGGUGGGCUUACAGCUGUGGGUGAACCUGCCGAGGCGAGACAAGAUGGUGGAACCAGCGUACCAGGAGCUUAAGGGCUCAGAGAUCCCCAAACCCAGCCAGGGAGGAGUUACAGCUGCUGUGAUAUCUGGAGAGGCUUUAGGAGCAAAGUCUAAGGUCUUCACAAGGACACCGACCUUGUUCCUGGACUUCAGACUGCAGACAGGGGCCCAUCAUGUGCAGCCAGUCCCCUCAGGAUGGACUACAUUCAUCUACACACUAUCAGGAUCCAUUCAUGUUGGCCCAGAUGAGGAGCAGCAGAAGGUAGAGCCCCAUCACACUGUGGUGUUUGGAGAUGGAGACUGUGUCAAAGUUGAAAACAAGGACUCUGAAGUUUCCCAUUUUGUGCUGAUCGCUGGAGAGCCAAUCAAAGAGCCUGUGGUACAACACGGUCCAUUUGUAAUGACCACAGAGGAAGAGAUCAGACAGGCUGUCAGGGACUACCAGACUGGCAGAAAUGGCUUUGAAAGGGCAGUAAACUGGAGGUCCAAGAUCAGAGACCCUGUCUGAACACUGCGUGUUGCACUCUUGUCCCUGGUGAAUAUAUUUGCCUUACUUGUUUGCUGCUAUAGAAGCAUAUUUAUAGAGAUAUUUGUUUUAUGAUAGUUAUGCAAAAAUGGCAAAAGUUUGAUGUUUGAAAACAUGUUUUUUAUUUUUCAGGAUAUGUUCUGUAUGUGUUUACAGGACAUUUAGUACUUUCCAUCAUCUAUUUUAACUUGUUACAUGUCCAAGUGCUUCAUGUGGGAGUGGAUGACAUGCCCCAUUGUUAGCAAUGUAGUAGUUUACCCCCUCUUCCUUGUAAAAUAUAGAUUUUUAGAGAAAAUGUGUUUCUAAGUGCUCUCCACUCCCCUUGUUAAAUUUAAGCUUUAUAACAUUUUCCUUCUGGUUUUUGAAAUAACACUCUAGCAGAGUUGUUUUGAAAUUUUGAAACUUUGUUGCUUUCACAUUGUUGUUAUGAAGAUAAUUUAACAUAAUUCAAUUAAGUAUAAGUAUGAAGGUUUUACAAAAGUUUUGAUGUUUUACCACAGAAUUUGCUAAAGAAACAUAAAUCUAAUUUAUCGUUAUGUUAUGACCUCGAUAACCAAAAACCUUUACAGACCACAUUAAAAUAUUGUAAAAAAACA